AUGAUAAGUUCAAGGGUGAAUACGCGAGUUUGGCAGAGAUCAAUUUCUCUUUUAAGCCCACAAGCGGCCAAGAUAGAUAGCAAUAUCGUGGCUAGAGAGAAGACAUACAUUGAGGAGCUAAGCAAGGAUAUUGCCACUUCCAAUUUCAAGUUGGUAGAUGACAAUGGUAAAAUUGCAUCCAUAACUGUGCAACCGGAUAUUCCCAUUUGUAUCAAAAAGGAUUGUUUAGUGUCCAUCCACAAUUUGAACCAUCUCUCCCUUUCCUAUAAAUGGCUCAAUUUUUGGUCAAACUUGAUUAAAUUCCGUUCAUUCAAAUCUUCGUUGUUUCACAGAAUUAUUGGAUCAUCCAGUUUGGAAAUUCUGGCUGCUCCAAACUUUCAAGCUUGGAGAAGAUCUUUCGAUUCUUCGAGAAGUUUGUCUGUACUGAACUUAACCGGGACAAAGGAUUGGAAUGUUUUUGGCAAAGAUGCAAUAAUCGCAUUUGAACAAAACUCCAGUCUGGAAAUCAAAUCGCCUAUCAUUCCCACGCCAAGGUCAUGGACUUCCAGCCAAGCAAAGUCACGACUUCCACGGAAAUUUCAAAUUUUGAAUGGGAGAGGAAACGUGUUGGUAUGUGGAGGCGGAUCGGUUUAUUCAAUUGAGUUGAUUGACGAGAGUGACAACAUACUGGUCAAUUCUAGAAACCUUUUGGCAAUCAACGGCCAAAGUCAAUUAGACAUUGCGAAUUCGGUGGAGCGGCAAGAGUUACACAUAGAUGCCGCGUACAUAGGAGAUAAAAGUAAUGAAAAGGUAGUACUUAAGUUCAUCAAGAACCAAACGAUAAAAUCCGCUUAUGGACACACUGUUCGAUUUCUCAAAAGAAUGGGCUGUUGGUUCCGAAACCAAUAUGAAAAACGAUACAUUUACGGUAUCGACUCGUACUUCAUGAAGGUGAAGGGUCCAAGAACAAUCUUGAUUCAAACUCAUGAAAUGAAAACAUCUGAAGAUAAUAUUCUAACUAAACUAACUCGCAAGGGUCACGUCAAAAAGGCCAGUGGAAGUGAAAACCAUGUCGAUUUAAAAGAAACAAUUGUUAAUGAUGUUAAUUCUAAAAUCAUUAACCUUGCCAACAGGCCCUCAUUGUUUAUUGCGACGGUCUCUCAAAAUGGGAAGGUUGAUUUUCAAAGUACGCCGAAGUUCACAUAA